CUUGCAUUCUGCUCUUCAGGCUGUGGCUCCAGUGUGGACCCUCUCCCUGCUCUCACACCACCACCACCACCACUUCCUCCUACAUCCAACACUUUUCUGCAACCCUACAUCCCUAAAAAAAGAGUGGCUUCCAAUACUCAACAGGAGAAGCAGGACAUACUGGUGGCUGUGACCCUCAGGGAUUUACAGGCUGUUAAACUGAGAAAGGUUAUUGUCAGCAGUGUGAAAUCAAAGAGAACUCCAGAGAAGAUGCAUGCCCCUCUGGUCACUGUGGCAGACCUGCAGAAUGUCCGUCUGAAACAAUCCCACUGCCAACUGCCCCCUAAACUUCUCAAAAGCCUUAGCUUUGGCAGAACACCUACCAAAAGCCCUAUGAAUCUGCGUACACAGCUGAAAAGGAUUCAAAUCAAUAGGAGUCCUGGUGGCACUCCUCUGUUUGAUAAGGAGAAUAUGGAGACGGGCACUGGCCUCACCCCCAUCAUGACUCAGGCCCUGCGACGCAAGUUCCAGAGUGCCUUACCACGAGGACUGUCUCCAAAGGCAAAGAAUCUCAACGAAAGCUUUGAUCAAAACUGAGACAUUUGAUGAUGUAUACACAGAUGUCCACCGAGACUAGUUCAUAUGUAACGGAAAGGCAGCUGCCAUGAUGAAAAGUUCCCGUGUUGUAUGAGGACGGUAUGCAAGCUAUAGAUGUAACUAUUGGCACAAUGCACAUUCUCUAGCACUUUCUGGUUUCCACUGCUGAAUGGGUUAUUUCAUACUUUUUCCAUUGCUGAAUGAGUUACUAAAUGCUAGGUAGAUUGAGGAUGAAAAGAGGAAACACUUGUCUUGGACCACAAUUUUUAAAAGGACAUAAAAGUUCUAAAGGCAAGCAGUUUCUGUAAAAGCCUUGACCACCCCACUGUAUCAAACAAGUUUGGUCAACAUCAACACUGCCUCAACUGCAUGCUUCUUGGAACAGUGAAACCAAGGAGGGUGUUAAGUGAGCGAUACUGAGAUUUAAAAGGCAGUAGUUGAAACAAUCUGUUACUUGGAAUGAGUGAGAAGCAUCACUUGGUUUGAAUGUGGUUUCAGUUUAAUAUUUUCUAUGAGGAAGUUGAUUUUAACCGUUGUAAAUGUAUCUGAGGGUCUAUGUUUGGAAAUUGCACAUUGACUGGGGACCCUAUGUUUGAGCUAUUUCACGUUACUUUUUCCAAAAAGCUUCUUGCAUUAUCUUUUGAUUUUCAUUUUUUUUCUCACAUUGUUUUUAAAAGUAUUUGAACCAAUAUUGUGUUUUAUAAGAAUACAACUUCAUUUGUGAUUUCCUAGACAUGUUUAGGAAACACCAAAUAAAUUAACAAAAAUAAAUGUACCUGUUUUGGUUGCUGAAAGGGUAAAACGUGA